AUGUCCUUCCCAGAAGCCCCGCCUCAUCCGUCGUUGGUGCUUUCGGACCCAUCACUUCUUGAGACGGCCGAUAAGCGGGUCAGUUUCAACCAAGAAACUUCCCAAUGGGUAUAUGAUGCCCCAGAUGGGAAAUAUAAUUACAACUUUGUGCUCCAACAAUGGCUUCCUGUAAGACCAGAGGAUACCAACGGAGAAUCUUCGGAUGAAGAGGAGAAUAGAGAGACAAUUCGUAGGCUUAAAAGACAAAAAUUGGAGGAGAUGCGUGGCGCUGGAGGCUCUCGUAAUAAAAAGUCCAAGACAACAAGCAAAGCCCCUGCCACCUCAGCAACCCCUGAGGCUAGAGAUAAACCUAAUACUGGGGUGGUUGUGUCGAACUUGCCUAUUGGUACCACCAAAGCACAAUUAAAGGAAACUUUUGCCAAAUUUGGGCUUGUUGCAGAAGACUUGGAGACUGGAGAACCACAAAUAAAAUUAUACUACCACGACGAUGAUGAUUCUAAAUUCAAUGGGACUGCCCUUGUAGUGUAUUAUGGGCCUGAAAGUGUAGAUUUGGCGGUUCAGAUGUUGGACGAUACACCUUGGACCGCUGGGGUUGGUACAACGUCAGCGGUGAAUAUCAAAGUCGAGCCAGCUACGGCUGAAAUGGUCAUCUCUGCUACUUCCCAAGAAGUCAUAGUAACCAAACUGGCCACUGAACCAGCUUCCACAACGCUUACAUCGAAUCAAAAGAAACUCCUCCAGGAGAGGACACUUGAAAUGAGACGUAAAAUCGCCGAUUGGGAUGGUGAUGCCACCAAGACGACCCCUACAAAGGCGGAACUCAUCAAGCAAAAGAUUUGGAGUAAAACGGUGUUGAUUAAGAACAUGUUCCGAAAGGAAGAACUCUUGGAGGACCCAAUGCUUGAGUUAGACUUGAAGGAAGACAUCCAAGAAGAAUGUGACAAGCUUGGCAUUGGCCAUGAUUUGACAAAAGUGGCAGUUUAUGAUGUGAGUGGUUCCGUGACGGUAAAGUUUGGCAAACCGCAGCUGAGCGAAAUGUGUGUAGCCGGAUUUAAGGGCCGAUACUUUGACGGGUUGAAACUUGAUGUUGCUCAGUACUCGGGUGAGACUCUACAAUCCAGUCGAUGUGAAGAAGGUGGUGAUGGUGAUGCUACAAGAUUGGACAGUUUUGGGGAUUGGCUUGAAGAUAGGAAGUAG